AUGAAUGUACUCAAACUUCAGAGACUAUUUCCGCAGCUUGAUCAAUCUGAGAUUUUCUCUCUUCAGGACGCGUUCAGGAAGUUGGACAUCGAUGAUAGAGGCUAUCUAGACGAAGCUACUGUUAUUAAGGCUACACAGCAGUCAGAACGAAAGCCUUAUGAUGUCGUCCGACAGGCGUUAAAGGAGGUUGAACUUGACAGCUCUCGCCGGGUAGAGCUUGAAGACUAUGUGGAUCUUAUCACUAAACUCCGUUCCCCACCGACGCAAAAUACCUCGGGUGGAAAUCCAGCUCAUGCAACAGUACUGGCAGGAAAUGGGCAAAACCCAUCGCGGCAUGUCUCCAGAGGCAGCAUAGGGGGCAAAAUCCAUGUUAAGGGUUCAUCCUCAAAUGUAACACAUACGAUUAACGAGGAUGAAAGGACGGAAUUUACCAGACAUAUAAAUGCUGUUCUUGCGGGUGACUCGGAUAUUGGUCAUCUCUUACCAUUCCCCACCGAUACCUUCGAGAUGUUCGAUAAAUGCAAGGAUGGCUUGGUUCUGGCGAAAUUGAUCAAUGACAGUGUUCCAGAUACGAUUGAUGAGCGGGUCCUCAACAAGCCCGGGAAGAAGAUCAAAGACCUUAACGCCUUUCAUAUGACCGAAAACAACAACAUUGUGAUCAACUCAGCCAAGGGCAUUGGCUGCUCAGUUGUUAAUAUAGGAAGUGGCGAUAUCAUUGAAGUGCGCGAACAUCUAAUCCUAGGCUUGAUCUGGCAAAUCAUCCGCCGCGGCCUCCUCGGCAAGAUUGACAUCAAGCUCCACCCCGAACUGUACAGACUCUUAGAGGAGGACGAAACUUUGGAACAAUUCCUGCGUCUCCCCCCGGAACAAAUCUUAUUACGCUGGUUCAAUUAUCACCUAAAGAAUGCAAAAUGGAACAGAAGGGUAACAAACUUUUCUUCAGACGUGAAGGAUGGUGAAAAUUACACUAUUCUCUUGAAUCAAUUGGCUCCAGAAAUCUGCUCUCGCGUGCCUCUUCAAACUCCGGACGUCAUCCAGCGGGCAGAACAAGUUUUAGCGAAUGCAGACAAGUUGGGCUGUCGGAAAUUUCUAUCACCUUCUUCCCUAGUUGCAGGGAACCCUAAGCUAAACCUUGCCUUUGUAGCAAAUCUGUUUAACACCAUCCCAGGCCUCGAUCCAAUUACCGAAGAAGAAAAGCUUGAAGUCGAGGAUUUCGAUGCCGAGGGAGAACGAGAAGCUAGAGUUUUUACUCUCUGGCUCAACUCACUUGAUGUACAGCCGUCUGUCAAUUCUUUGUUUGACGAUCUUCGAGAUGGAACUGCCUUGCUGCAAGCUUAUGAUAAGGUUAUUCCCGGCAGUGUCAAUUGGAGACAUGUCAAUAAGCCACCAGCUUCUGGGGGUGAAAUGAUGCGAUUCAAAGCAGUCGAGAAUACCAAUUAUGCCACGGAGCUCGGGAAACACAUUGGCUUUUCUCUUGUGGGUGUUCAAGGAGCUGACAUCACUGACGGUCAACGAACUCUCACUCUGGGCUUAGUUUGGCAACUGAUGCGACGGGAUAUCACAAAUACACUUUCAAGUCUAGCCCAGCGCAUGGGAAAGCAUGAGAUGACGGAUUCUGAGAUGGUUAAAUGGGCAAAUGAGAUGUCGCGACGUGGUGGUAAGACUUCGUCAAUACGGAAUUUCAAAGACCAGUCCAUUGGCUCGGGUCUUUUUCUCCUCGAUGUACUCAGUGGUAUGAAGAGCAGCUACGUCGACUAUGAUCUGGUCACUUCUGGUCGGAAUGACGAGGAGGCUUAUGCGAACGCUAAGUUGAGUAUCAGCAUAGCAAGGAAGCUGGGUGCUACUAUUUGGUUGGUACCAGAAGAUAUUUGUCAAGUGCGUUCUCGCUUGGUGACCACGUUCAUCGGCUCUCUCAUGGCAACCUAUGAAAAGAUGCAGUGAUGAUUCGGCAAUUAUUAGGUUUAUUGUUGCGCUGUUAUUGUUACUAUUAUUAUGUGCUUCAACUUCCUGGAAGAGUCUGCGGCAUGUCUUGGUGCAUCAAGUAUAAAAAAUGAAUUCAAAUUGCACUAGUGAUCAUUAUACCCAUAGAGAAUUAAAGGUCUG